AUGAACAGGAAGGUAUGUAAUUCAUUAUUAUAGAAAGUGGAGAGAAUCCCCAGAUAACCUUUCUGGAUUUUGCCGUUAGAGAAUUAGAAUAUAGAAUUAAUUAAAGGAAAUAUUGCUGAUACAGAGUUAUUUCUUAUUGGAGUAUUGCUAUUGAGUCUAACUGCACCAAUAACUCAAAGUUGGAUAAUGUGGGGGCAUCGGCAGCUGUUGCAUUUUUAGAAUGCUUUGUUGAAAGGAAGGCGAGAGGGAUGCUUCUUGAUCUUGCUAAUGUGCCAGUAAUUGAAAAAAUGA